UGAUAAUAUCAAUUUCUCAAAGCUGCUAGAUAAGCCUAGACACUUGAACAUAGAGAGACAAAGAUCUUUGGAUGAGAAGUCGCUUGUUGAGGCAACGCCCCGUCACCCUUUGAUCGCAGAAAAUGGUCGGCAUAUGGAUUUCGAGAAUGUUUUUUCACCAAGUAAGAGAUCAUCAUUCAAUUCAUGUAAUGCUCAGUAUGGGCUUGAACCACAUCUGAUGUUUGUUGAGGCUUGGGAUGCAUUAAGGAAGACAAUGGUGUACUUUCGUGGUCAACCAGUGGGGACUAUUGCAGCACUCGACAACAAUUCUGAUGAAAAGUUAAAUUAUGAUCAGGUGUUUGUGAGAGAUUUCGUUCCAAGUGCUUUAGCAUUCCUAAUGAACGGUGAACCUGAAAUUGUGAAGAACUUUAUUUUAAAGACUCUCAGGCUGCAAUCAUGGGAGAAGAAAAUCGAUAGAUUCCAACUAGGGUUCGAGUCACAAGUAAAAGGUAGAGGUGUUUUGAUACGCGGGUAGGCUUCACAAGUUUUGAUCCUAUCGCACCCAGCUGUGGGUGCGUUCUUGACACAUUGUGGAUGGAACUCGACUAUUGAAGGGGUUUGCGCUGGUGUCCCGAUGAUCACAUGGCCACAGUUUGCUGAAUAUUUUUUAAUGAAAGAUUGGUUGUACAAGUGUUGGGAAUUUACACCAUCGGAAGCUUCAGCCUCUUGUGAAUCAUAAAUGUCAAAAAACAAUUUGAGUG